GAUGCGCCUUCCAAGCUCUCGACAGGCACUCGUCGACAUUUUGGCCACGAUAUCCAUCCGCCCCAUAUCGGCUGAUUGCUAACUUUUCAUUCUCAUUUUCGUAAGUGCGGCCAGCUUACCGCGCGAUGGAGGCUUUGGGAGCAGCAGCGAGCGCCAUCGCGGUGGUCGAGCUCGCCGCAAAGGUCGGCGCACUUUGCCUACAGUACUCCCGCGACGUCAAAAGAGCCAAAGACGACAUCGACCACUUUCGACAGCAAACGGAGGCUUUAAAGACAAUCGCCGAAGGUGCGCAGCGGCUUUUGCAAGGUCCAUAUGGGCCUCGACUUGAAACUGCGCAAAAACUAUAUAGCGCCCUUACGAACGCCCGCUCGCAGCUCGAUCCCAUUCAUACGAGGCUAGAAGAAAAGCUGGACACGGGUCGUGUGGGUCGGGUAAAAAGACGUCUCGGUCUGCUUGCCUGGCCGUUCGAAAGCAAGGAUAUCGAAAAGCUCAUCGCUACCCUCAAACGGGACGGGGACACGAUUUCCGCCGCACUCCAAGUCGAUCUAACCACGCUUGCCCUCGACAUUAACCGCAAACUCGUCCUUUCGAAACUUCCUAUCGCGAAAGGCGCUGCAUUCGAUGCCCAGGCGAACGAACACGACCCUAGCUGCCACCCCAACACCCGCGUGAACCUUCUCGCCGACAUUCACAAAUGGAUCGAGGAUCCCAACGGAAAAUGCAUUUUCUGGCUGCGUGGCAUGGCCGGCACCGGCAAGUCGACCAUCUCUCGAACAGUGGCUGAAAAGCUUUUUGCGGCAAAGGUGCCCAGUGCGAGCUUCUUCUUUAAAAAAGGCGAAGGCGACCGCGGCAGCGCGGCCAUAUUCUUCACCACCAUACUCGCCCAGCUCGUCCGCCAGGUACCGAUCUUAGCAUCACAUGUCCAGAGCGCAAUCGAAAACGAUCCAACCAUCGUCGAUAAGAACAAGAAAGAGCAGUUCGAGAAGCUCUUCCUGGAGCUACUGGACAAGUGCAAGGGCGAUAUCCCGGGGCCGCUUGCCAUUGUGGUCGACGCGCUUGACGAAUGCGAUCGGGAAGAGGACGCUACCGCCCUGGUUCGCCUUUUGUCCAAAGCAAAGGAAGCAACGUCGAUCCGCAUCCGAUUUUUUGUCACCAGCAGACCCGAGCUGCCCAUCCGCCUUGGCUUUAAGGACAUCGACGGCAGCUACCAAGACCUCGCCCUCCAUGAGAUGCCCGAGCCCGAUAUAAAAAAGGACAUUUCCACGUUUUUGCGGUCGGAAUUGGCCGAAAUCCGGCGCAAGUUUAACAAAACCAUACUAGGGCCAGGUUUGCCAUCUGAUUGGCCUUCACCCACCAGUUUUGAAGAUCUUGUCAACAUGGCUGUGCCGCUCUUCAUUCUCGCAUCAACGGCUUGUCGCUUCAUUGCCGAUAGCAACUUCGGCGACCCUGGGAAGCAGCUAGACAAGAUCCUCGAGUACAAGGGAAAGGGCGAAUGGUCUCAGCUUUACGCGACGUAUCUACCAAUCCUGGACCGGCUUCUUUUCGAACGCAAGGAUUUAAGGUUGGUUAAACGCACAAAGAAGGAACAAGCCGUUGUCGUUGCGUGGUUCCGCGACAUCGUUGGAACUAUUGUACUUCUUGCCGACCCCCUCCCUUGCGCAUCGCUGGCACGUAUCCUUAACAGAACCCAGCUCGACGUGGGCUCAAGGCUGCUCCAGUUGCAUUCUGUCCUUAACAUUCCGGAUAACCCCCUGGUCCCUGUCAAACUGCUCCACCUGUCCUUUCGCGACUUCCUCGUCGACCAAGAAAAUCGCGAUGCGAACCCCUUCUGGGUCGACUCGCGAGAAACCCAUAAGCAGCUGGCAGACCGCUGCCUCCAAUUGCUGUCAACCGGCGACACCCUCAGGAGAGACGUUUGCAAUCUGCGUCAUCCCGGCACGUUCCGGCCCGAGAUCAGCCCGCAGAAUAUUAAUACCGCCUUACCGCCCGAGGUCCAGUAUGCCUGUCGAUACUGGGUCCAUCACUGGAAGGAAAGCAGGCGGCAGAUACGAGAUGGCGAUCCGGUCCACCUCUUUUUGACCGAUCAUCUCCUGUACUGGCUUGAAGCUCUGGGUGUAACGGGGCGAAUCCGGGAAAGCUUUGACAUGGCAAAUUGCCUGCUGGAUAUGCUCGAGGUAAUGGAUUUGGAUUGGAAUGCGUGCUUGCAAACUCUCGAGGGGCACAACGGCUCGGUUUACUCCGUCGCAUUCUCGCCCGACGGCCAGAGGCUCGCGUCGGCCUCCUUUGACGAAACCAUUAAGCUUUGGGACGCGGCGACGGGCGCAUGCGUAGCGACGCUUAAAGGGCACGACGACUCGGUUUUAUCCGUCGCAUUCUCGCCUAAUGGCCAAAGGCUCGCGUCGGCCUCCCUCGACAAGACCGUUAAGCUUUGGGACGCGGCGACGGGCACGUGCCAAACGACAUUCGAAGGGCAUAGCAGCUCGGUUUUGUCCGUCGCAUUCUCGCCUAAUUGCCAAAGGCUCGCGUCGGCCUCCCUCGACAAGACCGUCAAGCUUUGGGACGCGGCGACAGGCGCAUGUCAAACGACGCUCGAAGGGCACAGCAGCGACGUUAUAUGCGUUAUAUUCUCGCCCGACGGCCAGAGGCUCGCAUCGGCCUCCCACGACAAAACCGUUAAGCUUUGGGACGCGGCGACGGGCGCAUCCCUAACGACAUUCGAAGGGCAUAGCAGCUCGGUUUUGUCCGUCGCAUUCUCGCCCGAUAGCCAAAUGCUUGCGUCGGUCUCCCACGAAAAGACCGUUAAGCUUUGGGACGUGGCGACGGACGCAUACGUAACGACAUUCGAAAGGCACAGCAGCGGCGUUAUAUGCGUUGUAUUUUCGCCCGACGGCCAAAGGCUCGCGUCGGCCUCCUUUGACGAAACCGUCAAGCUUUGGGACGCGGCGACGGGCGCGUGCCAGACGACGCUCGAGGGGCACAGCAGCUGCGUUAGGUCCGUCGCAUUCUCGCCCGACGGCCAGAGGCUCGUGUCGGCCUCUUACGACGGAACCGUCAAGCUCUGGGACGCGGCGACGGGCGCGUGCCUAACGACGCUCGAGGGGUCAACUUCCGCUGUCUCAUUUGAUGAAACAGGCUCCCAGCUGCUGGUCCAGCAGCAGUUCAAGCUCAUUUACAACACCAAGAUUCUGAGGGUAUUGGCAUCAGUGCUGAUCGAGCAUGGAUUACGUGGAAAGGAGAGCAUUUCUUGUGGCUGCCUACCGAAUACCGUCCUGGUGGUUCUUGUUUAGCCAUAGCAGGAUUAACCAUAGCCUUAGGCUGUUCAUCCGGGAGGGUGUUGUUCUUCCAGUGGCCAGGAGCCUUUUGAUAGAGAAAGUUUUCCUUGGGUUCAAUCCUCUUUUUUCUUUUCUCUUUGCC